UUGGUAAAAGGGAACAGUUAUUUGUUGUGGGAUUGCUGAAGCAGGAUUUCUUAAGUUCAUGGCUUAUAGAAUGAAUGCAAUCAUGUUGCAGUCUUUGCCAGCAGCCGAGAAUGAAAGCUUUGGACAAUUGUUUGUAAUUUCAAGAAGUUCAUCUAUCCUGGAUUUCUCCAACAGACUAGAAGUAACUGAACAAAUUUCGAAGUUUGGUGUAAAAUGUAUGCCAUCUCCUAAUAUUAGGUCCUGGACAAGAAGACAUGGUUCAAGAAUAGCAUUUGCUCUGGAUACAGGAAGCAUUCCCAGUAGUGAUGAUCAAGAUGGCCUCAAUGGUGAUGGUCGUGAUCUAGGUGGAACCCGUUUGGGGAGGAUAGUAGGUGCUGGAGGCAGACAGUUCUUGGAGAAGCUUAAUUCAGCUCGGAAAAAUUUUCCUAUGAAAGUAUUUCUGCUCCUCUUAGGUUUUUAUACGGCAAAUGCCUUGGCUACAAUCCUAGGACAGACUGGUGAUUGGGAUGUAUUAGUAGCAGGAGUCGUUGUCGCUGCAAUUGAGGGAAUCGGAAUGCUGAUGUAUAAAAAACCUCCUUCUCUUCCAUCCAGGAGGUUUCAGUCUCUGAUUUCAAUGAUGAACUACUGGAAAGCAGGUGUUAUUCUAGGUCUCUUUGUUGAUGCUUUCAAACUAGGCAGUUGAUACCUUUCUAAAAUAUCUAAGGUUAAUAUUGUUGCAAUCUCCCUUCCAUGGGACUGGUUCAUUGACCUUACUUGUUUUAU